AUCAAUAUAAUACUAUAGUAAAUAGUAAAUUAUCUAAUCUGUGCUUUAAAAAAUUUCUACGUAUUGAUUUGUUUUGAUUGUGAAUAAAAGCAAUUCGUACUCUAUUUAAUACAAUUAAUUUAUAAAGCUUAAAGGUAUUGAUAUAUUGUAACAUGUCAUCAAUUAUUCAACGAGACGACAACAUUCCACUAGCCGACGAUGAUCCUCAAGUAAUUAUUAGCGAUGAAGUUGAUAAUAAUCGAUUGGACCACGGAAGAUCCAUGGACUCUUUACCGAGCUCUUAUACGGGAUCUUCAAGUCCAGGAUUGAAUGGUCCCCCAAGUUUUGAACCUGAUUCAGGAAUUGAUGAACAAGAAGAAAAAGCUCGGCUCAUCUCCCAAGUUUUGGAGUUACAGAAUACUUUAGAUGAUUUGUCACAAAGAGUGGACUCCGUUAAGGAAGAGAAUUUGAAACUGCGUUCAGAAAAUCAAGUGCUAGGUCAAUAUAUUGAAAAUCUCAUGUCUGCAUCUUCUGUCUUUCAAUCAACAACACCUGCAAAACAGUGAAAUAUAUAUUAUCUACCAGUAAAAAUAAUUAUUACCAAAAUUUUUGACUGAAUGUUUAGGUACAUAGUACUGUCUUAUGUAAUUUAUCAAAUAUUUCACUUUGGGGAUAUUAUUAUGAAUUGUUUAUUGCACAAAUAGCUUUAUAUUAUAUUACUCAGAGGUUAGAUGCUGCUUAUGGAUAAUUAUGAUGACCAAGCAAAACCAAUUAAAGUAAUUUUGCAAUACAAGUGUAAAUGUGCAUUAUAAAUUACUUAUUGCCUAUUGAUGUUUUUAAAUGAUAGUAUUUUAUAUAUAAGUUGCUUCAUGAAUUAAAUCAGUAUUGGAAAAUUGUGUAAGAAUAAAAUAUUCUGUUACAUACA